AUGUUGGAGGACAUGGGAAGGAGUAGGGAAAGUGGAGGUCGACAGCAGCUCGAGCAGGAGCGACAUCCUUGUCCACUGGCCGGCUGUGGGGCUCUGCUGGCAGAGAGUGAGCUGCUGGCGCACCUGUUCAACGAGCACAUGACGGAGACGCCGCGCAAGCCAAUGGAGUUCGCGCUGCGCAUGCGCCGGGUGGACACGGGGGAGCGAACGCUGCUGCUGCUGGUGCAUUGGCAGCUGCCGGUCGGGCAGGAUCAGUGCCUGGGCGUGCUCAACUGGACGGGCAGCGCUCGGCGGUGUCUGUUCGAGCCGCAGCGCCAUCUGCAGUUCGGCCAAGCCGCACUCGCCGCCUGCCUGCCGGUGCUGGUGAUGGCCCGAAGGACCACGUGGUCGGCCCUGGUGGCCGAGUGCCCGGAGCUGGACAACGGCCAUCCCAGCCGGGACAACAUGGUCUAUCUCUUCUGGCUGCUGGCGCCGGCCACAAGGCAGCCCGUUCAUGCCAGCCUCGGCUUCAUCAAUCGCAAGCUCCAGUGCGGCCUGCGCGUCCUCUGCCAGCUGCGCGGCCUGGGCAGCCGACGUCAGCUCAGUCAGCAAUGGCUGAUGCUGAGCGAGAGCCAGAUGGAUCAGAUGUGCUGUCCGCAUGGCAGUAGCUGCUUCGUCGAGCUGGUCAUCAUCGGAGGUGGCUGA